AUGUUAAUAGUCCUUACACCAACCCUUAUACUUGUCCCUACUAUCUGGGCCACCCCUGCCAAGUGACUCUGGCCAUCUGCCCUACUACACAGCCUGCUUAUUGCCCUAGCCAGCUUUACCUGGUUUAAAAACACUGCUGAGACAGGAUGAGCUUUCUUAACCCCCCAUAUAGCUACGGACCCUUUAUCGUCCCCCCUCCUGGUCCUUACUUGCUGACUCCUGCCACUAAUGAUUCUCGCAAGCCAGAACCACCUAUCCUCCGAACCCUUAAACCGCCAGCGAAUGUACAUCACCCUUCUUACAUCCCUACAAGUUUUCCUAAUCAUGGCCUUUGGCGCUACAGAAAUAAUUAUAUUUUAUGUUAUGUUUGAAGCAACCCUUAUUCCAACACUCUUCCUUAUUACACGCUGAGGAAAUCAAGCAGAACGCUUGAACGCAGGCACAUACUUCCUUUUCUACACACUAGCAGGCUCCUUACCUCUUCUAGUGGCUCUCCUCAUUCUCCAAAAUAACACAGGCACCCUCUCACUAUUAACCCUUCCUUUCUCCAACCCUCUUCUCCUCCUCACCUGCUCCGAUAAAAUAUGGUGGGCCGGCUGCCUCCUGGCCUUCCUAGUGAAAAUGCCCCUAUAUGGGGUCCACCUUUGAUUACCUAAAGCCCAUGUCGAAGCCCCUAUCGCAGGGUCCAUAAUCCUUGCAGCCGUACUUCUGAAACUCGGGGGUUACGGUAUAAUGCGGAUACUAAUUAUGCUCGAAUCUUUAACCAAUGAGUUAAGCUACCCCUUCAUCAUCUUCGCACUCUGAGGGGUCAUCAUAACCGGCUCCAUCUGUCUUCGUCAAACGGACCUAAAAUCGUUAAUUGCUUACUCCUCUGUAAGCCAUAUAGGGCUGGUAGUCGGAGGUAUCCUCAUCCAAACCCCCUGAGGUUUUACCGGGGCCCUUAUCUUAAUAAUCGCCCACGGCCUAACAUCCUCAGCACUCUUCUGCCUGGCGAACACAAACUAUGAACGGACCCACACCCGAACAAUAGUACUUGCCCGAGGGCUACAAAUAGCCCUUCCCCUAAUAACCGCUUGAUGGUUCAUUGCCGCGCUAGCCAACCUAGCCCUCCCUCCUCUACCUAAUCUAAUAGGGGAAUUAAUAAUUAUUUCCUCACUAUUAAACUGGUCCUGAUGAACCCUUGCGCUAACCGGGGCGGGCACCUUAAUUACCGCCGCCUACUCUCUCUACAUAUUCAUCAUAACCCAGCGGGGCCCAUUACCGAUACAUAUAAUUACCCUAGACCCCUCUCACUCCCGAGAACACCUUCUCAUCGCACUUCAUCUCCUCCCAUUAAUUCUCCUCAUCUUAAAGCCAGAACUGGUAUGAGGCUGGGCCGCAU